GGAGCUCCGUGAAGGGUUUGAGCGGGUUUUCGCAGAGAAUAUAUUACAGCUCAGUGCCAACCUCGUAAUAUUGAGAGGGGCAGAAAUUUUAUCUUAUACACAUCGAUGGAAAGAUGGGUUUGUGGCCGUUCCGUUGGAAAAGUACUCGCAGAGCAUCGCGCAGUGGGGCAAGCACUUCUCGCUCCGAACACUCAACCAUGCACGAUGCUGGCACACAGCGGGACCCUGGAAGGCAUGAUGGAUCCGAAUUAAACCCUUUAUCAGUCCUUGAGAGGAGAAGAAGCCGGAGGGACUCUCAAAGGAGAAAACCUUCGAGGGAUUCGAAAAAAUUACAGAAGCCUGAAAGGCAAAGGACUUAUAGUUUUUCUCCCGGUCGACACGAUAGCAUUCGCGUGCUUAGAGACGUGCAUAGACCUCCAGUUCCUCCUUUACCAGCAGAUGUUCGAGACGGAAGAGACACAACAACUGGACUUACAGACCAAGACGCCGAGGAAUUAAAGGAUUGGCAGAGGGUGCCAACAUUACAUAAAAGAGGUGCUGCAGAACUCUCAAGGCGAAAGUCGAGUAAAAAGCGCAAGGAAGAAUUCAAUAGGGAAGAGGAAAUUAAAGCAAUGGUUUCUUUUAUGCCCAACAGACCGGCCGCAGAUGCCUCAUCAUCUGGUCGUCCCAUGAAGAGGGACAGCAAGAGAAUGCGAACUGGAUUGAAAGGGAAUUUACAGAACCCGCGUUCCGAUAUUUCAUUGCCAACGGCGGAAUCGAUGCGUUCUUCAGUAUCUUCGAAUUCCGAACAUCAAACGUCAUGGAGAAUAUCUGCAUUAGACGUGUUGGCACCACGCCCUACGAUUCGACAUUCCGAAAACCCUCGAUAUGCGCCUGGCGUAACCGGUUUUGGUUCAGAUAGAUCAGACUCGCAAAAACGACGUAUCUUGGAUCGCAUACAUAUUCCAGAAGAAGUUCUAAAAGCAAAUAAGAGAAUUGAUGAACUUGCCGAUGAUCUCGACGCCCGAGAGCUUCGAGAGCUCAUGGAAAGAGAUCAGAAGAGGCGAGAAAGAAAGAAGGAAGAUGAGAAGCUGAAGGCACAGAGAAGGUUAGCAAGAAAGCAAGAGAAACAAAAGGCCGAAGAAGCAGCAGCUGCUCGAUACGGUACACCACCUCCGGAUAACAUGGAUAGGGGGGUUCUAGGAAGAGACGCAGUAGGCUUGGGCAUUGGAACUUCCGCGGUUACCACGUCAAGCAAGAGGAGAGGAUCGGAUACUUGGGACUCUGGUAGAGGAAAGCGACCUGCGGAUGCCUUCCUCAAAGACUCUCCUGCGUACGAAACUCCAUUCGUCGACGACAACUUAACCCCUUCUUCAGAACGCUCCGUGCCAUUCUUAGGAACUGCGGAAGUUGGCACUAUUGGCAAAGCUAAUGUUUCACCACCUGCUUCACCAAAGGGCCACCUUCGAGGGCCAUCGAAUAUUUCACAGAUGGCAAAUCUGGACAAAUCCAGGACUCCUUCCCCAUCUAAAAAACAGCGAGUGGAAACAGAACCCGCCAAACAGCCUGUGGAAGCCAAAACUUCUCAAUCGUGGACAUCAUUCUUUAGACGAAACAAGAGACUUAGCAGGACUUCCACACCAUCCUUUUCGAAUACUUCACGGGAAACAGUGCAAACCGGACCACCACCACAUUUGGGAUAUACGCCAGUGAUUAGGCAAACAUCAAACAUUCCCAAACGAACGAUGUCAAAGUUUAGAGAAGAUUUACCCGAACUUCCAGUUUCACCACCGGACUCUCGACUACAAUCUCAUGAGACUGAUAUCGUGCCACCAAUACGAACCGAUUAUCCAGAAAAGAGAGGUAGUGUACGUAGAUCUUUGGAGGAGCAACGCAGAUACGAUACUCCAAUCAGUGUCGUGCGUUUACGAGAUAGUACGCCUACUAGUGGUCACAGAUCAACAGAUGUACCUUCACCCGAACAACCUACGCUCAUCUCCCAAUCUCUUGCAUCAAUCGACUCUGAAGGAUCAUGGCUUUCUGGAAAGAAAGCAGCCUCAAAACGAGGAUCUGCACAAAUGACAUUGUCGCCAUUACGUGAUUCUGCUAGCUCUUUACAACAACGCUAUAAAGAAUUAUCGGAAUCUUCUGAAGAACUUGGAAUUGCUGAAGACGAAUACUUCAGCCGCAUUACACCAGGGCCUCAUGAAGAAAAUAUGAUGAAACGUCAAUCUACUGGUCUUCCCAUGGCUUCUAGCGACGAGGAUGAUGGAACUAGCAUUAAACAGAGUCCAUCCACAGAAGGGAAGACAAAAUGGGGAGCUGUGGCAAGACAUGCUACUGUAAUUCACCGUGAACGAGCGAAAUCUCGCGAAGGCCUUGUGGAUGAGGCUGCUGAAGAUUCUCCAAGCUACCGAAGAAGUAUUAGCUACCAAGCUGAAUUUGUCAACGAGGAUGGCCCUGGUAUUAGCAGAGCUACAAGUGUUGACUUCGGACAUGUCAGAAGAGUCAGUGCUGGUAGCGCGAGACUUCUUGACAUGAAACCAAGAGCUUCUGGAGAGGCUCGAAGGACGAGUGUGAGUCAUAAUGACUCGUAGAGUCGACUUGGUGGAAAGAUGAAGAUUUUCAAGGACAAUGACGAAACGAAACGAGCACCACAUUCUUUUAAUUAUUUCAUUACAACAAAUUUGUCACUAUCGACACCCACGCUCAUUGCAACUUUUCUUUUGUCAGCAUUCGCUCCUUUAACAAACAUUUCCUUAUAAAAGGGCUCGAAUCGACCUAAAAACAGUAUAAAAAAAGCUUUGUCUCGAUCAUUGUCAUUGUCCAUGAUAUCUUUAUUCUAUACAUCAACUAUCGACUUCUCAUCAACUUACUCGCAUUCCUCCACAAUCACUAUUUCACGGAUUCACGACCAAAAAUUUUCUUUAUUUCUUUUGCUUUUUUUCGGUUUCAUAAUGAAUUGAUAUCCCCACUAGCACAUAGAUGUUUCUGCUUUUUUUGCUUUUUGAUUUGUUCAAAUCGAUACCCCAACAUGUAUUUGAGAUAGGGGACCGAAAAAAGAAGUCGGGGUAUCGUUGGGGAGUGGAAAAUUAUGACGGCGUCGCUCCUUUUUUUUUUACAGGAUCUUGGGGAAAGUUUUUGGGCGAAGGAGGAACUGGAAGGCGAGGAAAACAUGUAAUAUUACUUCUUGAGCGGAAGAGAUACCCGGUGAUCAGAAAGAUGAGAGGGAGGGGGGGGGAGAGAGAGCAGGGCUCUUGCGGAUUGGGAAUUGAGGAAGAUUAUAGUCUUUAGUAAUAGUGAGCUAUCUAGCUUCUUCUUUUUGAAAGCUUUUCUUCUCUAUUUUGGUUGAUUGAUCUCUUGAGGUAUAGAUGAGGUGAGAUGUGUGAGAAUUGAGAAAGACGCCAGGCUUCCGAUUUUUGAUGCGAAAUUGGGGAUUGGGGAUUGGGGAUUGAAAUCUUUAGAGGUGGUACGAGGCCAGGGAGGAAAGAAGCGGAGGGGAGGAGGGGAGGAGGGGAACGAGAUGAGAUGAGAUAGCUUAGUUUGGGGAAUAGGUGGUAGAUACCUCGUAAUGAUGAUUGUAUUAUAUCA